UAUAUGAAAGGUUUCUUAUUUAAUCUUCCCAAACACAGUUGUAGACGAAAAAGCACCGAUUAUUAAGUGAUAAUAAAAAUAAUCAGAGAUUAUAUACGCGCUUUUAUAAAAUAAAAAACUUGCAACAAAACCGCGGUUAAAACCAACGCGUUCAAGCGAUUCGUGUAACUGACGUCAUCAACCCGUGUGUCAUCUUGAACCAUAAUUAUAACCGCGGCACAUAACACAGAAAUUUUGGUUAUUGGCUUGGAUUUGAUUUAAUAUGUUUUAUUUCUUGUCACUUGUCACGUCAUUGAAAAUUUGAAAAGCCCAUGGCCCAUGUACAUUUUUGUCCUAGGCUGUUUUGAUCAAUAAUAAGAAAGAUGGAAUAAGUUGAUUUUCUGAGAUAAAGCAUUAGUAAAUUAGUAUACUAGCUAAAUUCUUGACGAUUACAUUACAGCAAUGCUUAAAGUAUAUCGUGUUUCCACAUUUAUCAUCAUUUUGUAGUUUAGUAUCACAUAGUGAAAUAUUCCAGAACUCUUAUAUUUUUGCUCAUUUUCAGUCCUAUAUCUUUCAUUUGCACCCAAACGCUAGGGUCAGAUAUUUUUUCAUCAAAAACGGCUGGUGCAGUUGAGCUAGACUUGCCAACUAUAAUAAAAUGUCUGUUGAAGAUGAUUGUCCUCCUUUGAUGGAAGGUGCUACUGGAGGUCCAAGCAUUGAUGAUGAUGAUUCUGAUGGUUGGGAUGAGAUGGAAGUUAAUGGUGAACAGACAACAUGCCUCUUCUGUUCCCUACAGUUUCAUACAAUUGCUGUAGCCUUAGAUCACUGUCGAAUAGCUCACAACUUUGAUUUGCUACAAUUAAAGAAUAAGUAUAACAUGGAUUGCUAUUCAUACAUAAAAAUGAUCAACUAUAUCAGGUUGCAAAGACCUGAUCCUAAAAUAUUAACUGACUCUUCAGUAGCUCUUUGGGAUGAUGAUGUUUACUUGAAACCUGGUGAAAUGGAGCCUUGGCUGAUGUAUGAUUUUGAUGACCUGGGUAGUGCUCCAUCAACUCCUCAUUAUGCAAUAGAAGGGAAAACACCAAUAAGUCAUUUAAAUUUUUCUGAUCUUCAGAAGCAAAUCCAAGAUUUGACAAUGCAGGAAAUACUGUUUGGCAAAAAAUGAAAUAUGUAUUGACAUCAACUAUUGUAAUCUAAUACAGAACAUACAAAAAGUAGCAGCGACACAUUUCUUCUGAAACAUGCAUGCCAGGGAUGAGCUGAAGCAUUUCUUCAGUAACAUAGUGUUAGAAACAAAGUGGAUAUGAGACAGGUGAUGCAGACCUACAACUUGUCAUAGUCAAAUACAACUCCAUUGUUUCAGAAUUGCAUUGGAGACUUUAAUUGCUCAAUAUGUCAGUAUUUGUGGGCCCACAUUAGUCCUAUUGAGAGUCAUAUUAAUUUGUAAGGUAAAACAUAGAGAUAUGCUAUUAGAAAAUUAUCAGAAAGAUAUGGAGAAGAUGAAAGAGGUGACAAGGACAAUAGUAGAAUCUGGUGAUAGUUACAAUAAAAAAUUGGCUCACAAUGUAGUAUCUUCUGGCUGUGAAAGUAGUGAUUAUUUCAACUCAUAUUCCCACUUUGGAAUUCAUCAUGAUAUGUUAAAUGAUAAAGUAAGGACAGAAAGCUAUAGAAAUGCUAUUCUAAAUAAUGCAAACUUAUUUACUGGAAAAAUAGUGCUAGAUGUUGGAUGUGGUACUGGAAUUUUAUCCAUGUUUUCUGCACAAGCAGGAGCAGACAAAGUUUAUGGUAUUGACCAAUCAGAAGUCGUCUAUAAAGCUAUGGAUAUAGUAAGGGAAAACAGUUUGCAAGACAAGAUCCAUUUAAUUAAAGGUCAAGUUGAGAAAACGAACUUACCUGUUGAAAAAGUUGAUAUAAUUGUAUCUGAAUGGAUGGGAUAUUUUCUGUUGUUUGAAGGCAUGUUAGACAGCUUUAUUCAUGCAAGGAAUGCAUUUCUAAAACCUGAUGGAUAUGUAUUGCCAAAUAGGUGUAAUAUUAGCAUUAUUGGUGUUGGUGACUUAGAUCGGUACAACAAACUAGUGAACUUCUGGGACGACGUGUACGGCUUCUCGAUGAAAUGCAUGAAGAGCGAAGUACUUCGAGAGGCGUUCGUUGAGCUGGUACCAGUUGACAACCUAUUGACGGAUGCCAGUGUAGUAACGGAAAUUGAUCUGAUGAAGUGCAACGUCGACGUCUGCAUUUUCAGUUCUAAGUUCAAAUUGAACGUGAUCAAGGACGGAACGCUCACUGCCAUCGCUGGGUACUUCGAUACGUUUUUUGAUCUGGAAACGAAGGUGGAAUUUUCAACUGGGCCUCAUGCGCCGAAGACUCAUUGGCAACAGACAGUUUUCUUUUUGGGGCAGACAGUAGAGCUUAGAAAAGGGGACACCGUAGAAGGAACCAUAUCUUGUACCAGAUUGACCAAAAACGUUCGAGGACUAUCAGUAACAAUCACAAUAGCAGACAAAAAAUACCAGUUCAUCUUAGAUUAACAGCUUUAUUUUUUGUAAUGUCUUCUCGUAAUUAAACUAUACAUUAAAAAUGUACUUAAAUUACUAAAAAUAAUUUACUUAAAGCAACUUCCUCCGAUUGCCGUAUGCCGAUCUGACCUAUCUUUCAGCUUUGACAAUUCUGUAUUUUGAUCCAGAUACUUGACAAUCGUGACAUGCAUAUGGUAUAGUGGAUAUAAGAACAUAUUUUGGCACUUUCACACGUAUAUACAGUUUAUAUCUUGUUAAAAAUUUUUAC